CCUCCUCCCCCCGCCCUCUUCCCCUCCAUCCUCUUCCUCCUUUUCCCAUUCUCCCACUCUCUCCCGUUGGCCUGGCCGAGCUGGUGGAGAGAGCCCUCCUACCUUUCCAUUCUCGGUGUGUGGGUUUUGUGGGACACUAACCCAUAGCACGUGCAAAAGAGCUCAGUGCGUGGGGGAUGGGACGUGGGGAAACCGCUUGGGAACCCUGAAGAUUGGGAUGGGGAGGAGCCAAGAACCACUGGACUGGCUCCCUCGAGUGGUGUGCCAGGAGAGGGAAGAUUUUGGCUCUCAUCUGGAGCUGGACUUCAGGCUUUCAGAUGCCCCUAUUUUUGCACAGCAGGCAGGAGACUUAUCCCUCCCCAGUUCCGCACUUGGGGGAUCUGUGCAGGGUAAAGAAGCCAUCCAGGUGCCUCCUCACCUUUUGACCCUUCAUAGAAACCCUCUUUCCUGAGCAAGCUUUAGGACUUGUUUCCAAGUUUAAGUCUAGAAUUUGAACCCUCCACCCUACUCCCGACUAUGGCAGUUGGUUGGUGGUUUUGUUUGUGUGUGUUUUGUUUUGCUUUUGAGACAGAAUCUGGAGUAUCUCUUGCUGGCUUUGAACUAGCCAUUGUAACCAAGGAUGACCUUGAACUUCUGAUCUGACUGCCUCCACCUCUUGAGUGCUGGAAUUACAGGCUUGAGGAUCUUCCCGGGCUUCCUUGCAUGCUAGGCGUGCACUCUAGCAACUGAGCUAUCUCCAGCUCCCACUGUGAUAGUUGGGCGAUGCCCUGCUGUUCACCCUAUUGCUUGCUGGGAAUUUGAGCCUUGUGUCUUUACAGCUCCUGUGUGGAUUGGGGGAGGGCGCAGGCCCCUGGGUGUUAUGCCCAGAACCUCCCACACCCUUUGUGGUGAGUCAUCUUUACUGGUCCCAGCCCAAGGGGUCUGUGCCCACACUCAGAGGCCAGGUGGGAGGAGGAGUUGAGAACCAGCUGUUGGCCCCUUCCCCCAGCAUCCUUGGCAGAAAUUUAAGAUGAACUGGACUUAAUAGGUACCCUCAGGUUUCCCUUGUCGGUAGUUUCUCAGAGUGAGACCUCUUUAAGGGCUUUGGGAUGUGAGAAAGUAGAGUGAGCUCGGAGCUUGGGUGACUGAGGCUAAUAAGGAGAGAUUAUUAUUUCCUGGGCUUCUGUAUGGCAGAGCAACAACCAAGCUGGAAUUUUACCAUCACUCUUUCCUUAGAGUAAGGCACCAAAACAAUCUGCUUAUGAUUGUUUGCCCCUGCCCCUAUGGGUGGGGCACGCAAUGUCACCUCCUCCAUCCAGUCCCUGCCCAGCUGAGGUAAACUUUCAUUCCUCAGGCCAUAAUGUUCACCUAUUCCCACCUAUUUGGUAUCCCUGGAUAAUUUAAAACUUUUGAUCUCCCCAGGACCUAUGUGGAAGGAACUUUGAUGUCAUGGCCGCUGUACUUGGUGGUCUUGGGAAGGAAAUUCCGUGCCUUUGCCCUGUGUGGGGGUAGGGGUGGAGUGGUUCCCAAAGUUGAGCCAGGAUUCAGGUCCUGGUUGUACCACUUACAGUCUGUGACCUUGUCAUGUAUCUCUUUUGUGCUCUGAGGGAUAAACUGAGGACUGGGAGAAUUGCCAGCAGCUUCGAUGUUUAUGGCCAGGGGUAGGGGGAAGGAGAUGCCUUCCCAGCAAUGGCCAAAUGGUGGGAACUGUUGCACUAGGCGAUAAUCCUCCCUCUCUCCUGGAUAAGCCCUUCCUUGUUUUCUCACACCCCAUCUGAUGAGGCCCCUCUGGGAAGGUGCUCUGGGACGUCAUGCCUGGAGGCUUGUUGGCUUUAAAUACCAGAGAAGAAGCUGCCCUUUGCCUGGUCUAUGGUCUUCUGGCAGGGCCGAGGGACACCAAGGCCCAGCAGACAACCUUAUACCCACUUGUGGGUCGUGUUUUUGUACAUCCCUUGGAACAUGCCUCCUUCCUGCGCCUCCCAGAACACAUUGCGGCGCCACCUACUGUCCGACUCACCUACCAGGCCCACCUCCAGGGACAUCCAGACCUGCCCCGGUGGCUGCGCUACACACAGCGCAGUCCCUAUAGCCCUGCCUUCCUCUAUGGUACUCCCACUCCAGAAGAUCGUGGGCGCCAGGUCAUUGAGGUCACAGCCUACAAUCGAGACAGCUUUGACACUACUAGACAGAGGCUGCUACUGUUGAUUGAGGACCCCGAAGGUCCCCGGUUGCCAUACCAAGCCGAAUUCCUGGUGCGCAGCCAUGAUGUAGAGGAGGUGCUGCCCUCCACACCUGCCAACCGCUUCCUCACUGCCUUGGGGGGACUCUGGGAGCCAGGGGAACUCCAGUUGCUCAACAUCACUUCUGCCUUGGACCGUGGAGGUCGUGUCCCUCUUCCCAUUGAGGGCCGGAAGGAAGGGGUAUACAUCAAGGUGGGCUCUGCCACACCCUUCUCUACCUGCCUGAAGAUGGUGGCAUCACCAGACAGCUAUGCCCGUUGUGCCCAGGGACAGCCUCCAUUACUGUCCUGCUAUGACAGCUUGGCACCCCACUUCCGUGUUGAUUGGUGCAAUGUGUCUCUGGUGGACAAGUCAGUGCCAGAGCCCGUGGAUGAGAUGCCUACUCCAGGUGAUGGGAUCCUGGAGCAUGACCCAUUCUUCUGCCCACCCACUGAGGCCACAGGCCGAGACUUCCUGGCAGAUGCCUUGGUCACCCUCUUGGUGCCCCUGCUGGUGGCUUUACUGCUCACCCUGCUGCUGGCUUAUAUCAUGUGCUGUCGGCGUGAAGGACGGCUGAAGAGAGACAUGGCCACCUCUGACAUCCAGAUGGUUCACCAUUGUACCAUCCAUGGGAAUACAGAAGAGCUUCGGCAGAUGGCAGCCAGCCGUGAGGUGCCCCGGCCUCUUUCCACCUUGCCCAUGUUCAAUGUGCGCACGGGAGAGCGGUUGCCUCCUAGAGUGGACAGCGCACAGGUGCCCCUCAUCCUGGACCAGCACUGAGAGCUCUGCUAGUUCCAGUUCCAGCUGCACCACUCAGAGCUGCUGACCUGUGACUGCAUCCACCACUGAUACCACCAGCUCCUAGUCUACUUGACCUCCCGCACCAGACAGGCAGAUGGACGGGGUAGGGAGGGGUGAGGGUGCUGAGGGCCAGCACCCAAGAAUAAAUACUUGCUGCUCUGUUUGUCUAUUG